GAAAAUUCUGCGCUCGGAAUCUUCAGAUGGCUGUGGAUGUUGUGUAUGCGAUUGUCUAGUUACUGUUUUGUUCCUAUGGAUAUUUCUGAUUUUCCAUAGUUUACAUUCUAGCUCAUUAUUACCACUUGACUUUUCCAGGUACCUUUGCUAUGCCUCUUCAUGUAGAUCCACGUAAACACGAACUUCUGGAAGCUAGAAUACAGGGAACUAACCAUAUAAGGUCAACCAAUAAUGCGCCUCCCUCCACAAAGUCUGAUUCGUAUACUUCUGGAUAUAUGUUUCCAAUAACAGAAGAACCUUCCCGCACUCCAGAACACUCAGUUUUACGUGGUUCUUCCAGUCCAUUUAGUUCAGUCGGUGAACAUGACCUAAGUACUAGUAGCAGUGAGAUUAAACCAGUUUCCACAGUAGUUCCUUCGAUAUCAGUUGAAAUAAAUGAAAGAAUUCCAAGUGCAGCAGAUCCAGGCAAAAAGUUGCAUAACCCGAACUGCCAUAACAUUAAUCGACUGGAGGUCACUAGUCCGAGUCUUAAUGUUCAAAAUUCUCAGAUCCACGUUCAGACGCAAGAAGAUUAUGUGACUUCACCUACGACUCCAAAAAAAAGAAGAAUCCCUUCAAGUUCUGCAGGAGAGUCUGACAACACAUCAAAUGACGGUCUUCUCACCUCCCUUGUUAAAUCGGACGACAGGUUUAUAGAAGCCUCGGCUCCUGGUAUCCCAGCAAAUCCUAUUGGUUCACCCCAAGGCCUGCAGUAUGUUUCAAGGUCGAACUCUAUACACACCCCAACCACUGUUGCGGACAACAGUCCUGUAAAACAGCCAUAUACUUUUGUAGAGGAAAAAAAUGUUCCAUAUCCCACAUUCCAAAUUUCCGUCCAACCAUCUGCAGCAUUUAUCGAAACAAACAAUCCUACAUACCACCUAUCUCCUUCGAUAGGACCACUUACUCCAACUCCUGGUGGACAAGGUGACUCGUUGCCAUCCCGAAAUGGGACAAAAAAACGGCGAAAAUUAGUGAGUUCUGAUGAAGGUCAUACACCGAAACCUAAAAAAAUAGUUUGCCAGGAACGUGGUUCAAAGCGUAUCGAUGAGAUCUUUAAGUUCAUGCCUGGACCAUUAUAUUCAUCCUGUGGUUCAACCAGUCCGACACAAAAUCCUCGUUUACAGAGUCCUUCCCCUACAGGUGCCCAUUCUCUUGAUAAUCAAAUGGUUGGAGUAAACCAUAAUUACAUCCCGUCGUUGAAUGAAGCUGUGACUACAAGCUGCGCAAGCAACGAUCAAAUGAUUAUUACGUCAGUAACAGGAGUUCAGUAUGCAAAUAAUGCAGCUGCUUUCCAGUUGUCACCUGUCCGUGCCAGCAGUACAGCAAGUUUAAGUGAUAGCUCUGGUGAUAAUCCUGUAUCGAUGGUUGGGUUAAGUAUGGUUGCGAAUGUAAACGCGAAUCCAACUUCUUGUACAAUACCCUGCAAUGCUACUCCAUUGCCUACUUAUUCUAACCUUCAGCUACCUGCUAAUCCUAAUUCAUCAUAUCCUCAAGUUGGACAACCUAGUGUUGGCUAUCUAAGCUCUGGAUCCUGUCCAAAUAAUCCCAUGACUUCAAAUGUUCCAGCCGUUUCUGGGUCAUCCACAAACAACUUCAGAUCUCAUGUCGGGGUGCAAACAGAUGAAACUGUCACUCCAUCGUCAACUGCCGAAUGUGUGGAAAGUUCACAAUGCACAAACAUCACAACUUUGCAUAAUAAUCCUACCUUAGUUACAACUGGUGGACCUGCUUCAUCUGUUCCACUAACUGCAGUUGAGAGUCUUCAGCGUCGAAUAGCUGAUUUGGAACACGAAACUGUUGUUCAACGAGAGACCAUCACAAAAUUACAAGAUAAUGCCAUUCGUUCCCGCGAAAUGAUACGUGAAUUGCUGAUUGAAAAAAGUUUACUCGAAAGAAAGACUACACGUCAAAAAGUCAUGGAAAACCGUUUACGUUUAGGUCAAUUUAUCACCCAAAGACAGGGUGCUCAUUUUGAAGAGAAAUGGAUCGAAGGUUCGAGAUUUAAGGAAUUAGAUCAACGCCGUAAGAAUAUUGAACUUGUUCGCGAAGAGAUUGAACGUAAAAAGAAACAAUGGAACAAGCGUAAACCAAAUGUUGGUGAUGCUAAGAAAAGUACUAAAUCUAAAUACGAUGAAGUCUCUGUGGAUGAAUUUUAUGAACAAUUAGAAAUUUAUGAUUUACGUAAACAAAUGCUUGUCAAGGAAGAUAAAGAAAUCCAAAUGGAAUUAGAGCGAUUAGAUCGAGAAAGAAAUUUGCAUAUCCGAGAAAUUAAACGAAUUUCUAAUGAAGAUGCAUCUCGUUUUAAGGACCAUCCAUUACUUAAUGAACGAUAUCUUCUGCUUAAUUUACUGGGUAAAGGUGGAUUCUCGGAAGUUCACAAGGGUUUUGAUCUUGUAGCUAAUCGAUAUGUCGCUUGUAAAAUUCAUCAGCUUAACCCUUCUUGGCCUAAAGAUAAAAAAGACAAUUACAUUAAGCAUGCGUUAAGAGAGAUUGAAAUUCAUAAAACAUUACACCAUCCGAGGAUAGUAAAAGUUUUCGAUGUGUUUGAUAUCGACCAUGAUGCCUUUUGUACUGUACUUGAAUACAGUGAAGGUAAUGACUUGGAUUUCUUUCUUAAACAAAACAAAAGUAUUCCGGAACGUGAAGCCAAGUCGAUUAUAUGCCAAGUGGUUUCUGCUUUGAAAUAUUUAAAUGAACGUAAACCUCCUGUAAUUCAUUAUGACUUGAAACCAGGUAAUAUUUUACUGGGUUCUGGCCAAGUUGCUGGUGAAAUCAAAAUCACGGAUUUCGGUUUAAGUAAACUUAUGACAGAAGAUAAAUACAAUCCAGAGACUGGAAUGGAUUUAACCUCCCAAGGAGCAGGCACUUAUUGGUAUUUACCACCGGAAUGUUUUGAGACGGGGCGGGAACCUCCAAAAAUAUCUUCAAAAGUGGAUAUAUGGUCUGUUGGUGUAAUUUUCUUUCAGUGUUUGUUUGGAAAAAAACCAUUCGGUCAUAAUAUGUCCCAAGCUGAUAUUUUGCACGAAAAUACAAUUCUUCAUGCACGAUCUAUUGUAUUCCCUUCCACUACAAAAGUUAGCGAUGGAGCAAAAGUAAGUCUGUUUUGCUCACUUAGUUGUAAAAUAUUCUCGUGUUAGAUUCACACGUUUAGCUCACUUUCGUGUUAGUUAGUAUUGCGAUACACAAGUCAUCCAUCCUUGUCUUCUACUUCAUUGUUUGUUUUCUAUGUAUUAGACAAUCAAAUCUUGAUGCGGUUGGUAACUUACAAGAUGUUUCUGAUUUUGACCUAUUACAAGUCAUUAGGAUAGAUCUGUCUACAUUUCAUUGCAACAUCUGCUGUUCGCGACCACCAGCAAAAAUACUAUGACCAAUCAUUCUCCACUAACCAGGGUUUCUUAUCUCUCAAAUAAGUGUUAACCAAGUUAAAUUUAUCAACAUAUACAGUACACCAUAAACAAUUCAUCUUUUUUCAUUAGGGAUGCAGUCAAAACACAGCCUGAUUUGUUUAUUUUUCUGGAUCCAUUGAUAUUUUAAUGAUAAUAGAUAGACUGAGCGACAAUAUUGUUCCAGACAAUUUUUUUUAUCUCAUUGAUCUGACGUUUUAUACAAUAGUGAUAUACAACUUCGCAAAAUAAUGCUGUGCUUAGGAAUUUAUUCGAAAAUGUUGUACGUAUAGAAAAGAUCUUCGACCGGAUGUCUUUCAACUUAGCAACGAUGAUUAUCUUAAACCUAAAGCUCAACUUAAACAUUAUCUCGAUACAUCUACACUCCCUGGUCCUGUCGGUGUCCCACUAAAUAUGGCUACCCCCCCACCUUCAACUUGUAUUGAUCCCUCUGUCCCCACUCCUGUUAGCAACCAGUGUAUAAUAUCUGGAUUUCUAACAAACAAUCCUGGAAAUUGCGCUGCCCAGCUUCACCCACAACAUAUCCUUCAACAUCAACCACAGGCUGCAUCUUUCUCCGUGCUACAGAAUCAGGAAGCUACUCCAUCAUCACAACCUUCAACCUUGCAACCAUCAAAUCAGACAGAUUUUAUAACAAGACGUUGUAUUAGUUAAGCAAUAAUUGAACAUUAUAAAGCGAAUAUCACACUCCAUCUUUGUUUAACUAAUACAACGUCUUACCACAAAAGUUUUCUGAUUUGUGAGAAUAUCGAGUAAUUUCAUCGCAAUAUUAGUAAAAGAUCAGCGAUGCUGCUCCUUAUAAUAGUUUUGACUAUGAUCAUUGCUCUCUGUCCCUAUGUGUGUAUUAUCAAUUUCUUUUCAGUGUUGAAGCGUAAUGGUCUUUCAUAUUCCCAAUAGGAAAGAUUAUGCUGGAAAUUCUAGUAGAAUAAACCGCUUUUGUCUCUAAUCUAUGCGUGAUUUUUCAAUAGUAUUUGAAAUGAAGUUUCAUAAUAAUCCCUGUAUUCGAUACCAUAUGUUUGAUUAUAACAAGUAAUUCCAAGCACAAAAUCUGCAAUAUCUCAACAACUUCUCGUAUUAUAUUCAUUCAACUUGUAAAUAAAAAAAUUUGUAUUAAAAAAUUUUAAACAGUAACUAGCUGUUAUUUAUUUUCCUUCACAAGUGCUUCCAACCAGUUUGGCUUUUUUGACGUUUUCCCUCAUCUUAUGUUAUACUUAAUAUAUGUGGAUCCGGUUGCAAUCGUCUCUUCAAAUGACAAAAAGAAGAGGAUGUGCCAAUCGCUGUGAUGGUGUUGGUGAAUCUUUAUUGUGCGAUAGUUAGCUCUGCUAUAGGUUUUGUUAUAACUUGUCGUCUUGUACCCCCAUCAUUAUAUGACGCAAUGAUACCACCAAUUAGAGAACAGUGGCUUAUCGAUCAAUGACGCAUAAACCCUUAAGAGCAGUCUAGAGUCCUCAUCGGUCCUUUUUUCUGCCUAGCCCUGCCCCUUGAGUCCAGAACAC